UUUGUUUAUAAACUUUGCGAAAAACCUAAAUAUUGGAAUCUGUCAAAAUUUAGAUAUUUUCCACUUUACAAGCCACUUUAUUUUAUUUAUUGAACCUGAAAUAAUACUUAAUACUUUAAUUCUAGAAACACAAUAUGGAGAAGGAAUAUAGGGAGAUGUGUAUUGAAAAGGCCAUUGAAGAAAUAAACGCUGGAUCUAAAGUAAAUCCUACUGCUUUCAAAUAUUCAAUUCCCGAAAGAACGUUAAGACGAAGACUACAAAUUUGGCGUGAACGUCAAAAACUGGACAAUCACUUAAUAAUUGAGGACGUUUAUUUUGAUGGUGGUUGGAUGGAAAAACCUACAAAAACUCAUGAAAAAAAUUCUCUAGAAGCAGCAAAUUUGAAUGUUAUGGUUCUCCUUGAUGAUAUCUUUUCUGACUUCAAAGAUUAUAGCAGGAAAUGUUGCUUGUGUUUCAGGGAAGUUUCAAACCAUCAAUUUAGAAUUACAUUCAAUGAAAAGCUACAGAACAUGGUUGAUUCUGUUUUGCAACUUCAAUUACUGUCAGAUGAAACAGACUCAAGUUUUUUGUGUAUGAAAUGCAACAAAGACUUAAAUUAUUUCCAUAAAUUCAAGUCUGGAAUUAAAGAAAAACAGAAACAUUUUGAAAAAUUCAAAAGUAUGAGAAAAGACGAAGUUGGUGUUAGUCAAGGUGUUAGUCAUGCAACUUCAUUCGAUGAACCUCUCAUCAAAAUUGAAGAAAUAAAAUCUGAACCGGAAUUUGCCUCAUCAAUAACUGUUUACGAACCUUUAAUGGAUUUCAAUUCUCUUUCUUCAGUAAGUAUUUCGGAAUGCAAAGAUGUUUCUAGUUUCGAUAAAGAGCCAAUGAAAUCAGACUUUGAACCAAUGAAAGCUCUUGAACAAGAACAAUUUGAAAUCCAAACAGAAGACACUGAAGAUAAUUCCAUAUACUCAGAUGAAAGUUAUCAAGUUUUGCAGUCAAAUACGGUUGAAAACCGGCAAAAGUCGGCUUCUCAAUCAUUAACUUGUGAGGCAUGUGGAAAGAUAUUCAAGGAAGGCAGGAAAAUGCGUGUUCAUUAUAAAAGAGUUCAUUUGAAGUAUCGACCUUAUCACUGUGAUAUUUGCGGUCAAAGUUUUUUUGAAAGGAAAUCUAUUAACAAUCAUAUGGGUGUGCAUAUAUCGAAAGAAUACCGAACAAAAGAUCAUCAAUGUGAAUUCUGUAGCAAGGGUUUCUAUGAUAGAAGAUCGGUAAUGAGUCAUAUAAUGAAAUGUCACGGCGAAACAGGAGAAUUUCCUUGUUCAAUAUGCUCAAAAAUAUUCCCAACUCAUUAUAAAAAGCGAUAUCAUGAAAGAACAAUUCAUGCAAACAAAAGUCAUAGAAAACAUAAAGAAUUUGUAUGCGAAAGUUGUGGAAAGGUUUUUCGAAACCGAGGCGCUUUCAUAGCUCAUAUGAAUCGCCAUCAUAACAUUUGGCUUGGAUCUGAACCCGCUCAUGAGAAAUUUACUUGCGAUGCAUGUGGAAAACAAUUCUACACUAAAUCAGAUCUUUAUAGUCAUCAAAGAGUUCACAAAGAGAAAAAUAUCCAAUGCGACUUUCCUGGAUGUCUUAAGAAAUUCAAAUCAACAAAAGAUGUGCGAUUUCAUAAGAAAUUCCACAAUCCUGAUCGAAAAAUCCCAUGCACAUAUCCGGACUGUAACAAAAGUUAUUUCUCACGGCAACAUCUCAGUUUACAUAUUUUCAUCCAUCAUCAGAAUAUUCGCGAGCCAUGUCCCGUUGGAAACGGUUGCAAAUUCUCAGUUGGAAGAAGAGAUUACAUGAAGAAUCAUUUGAAGAAACACAAGGAACUUUCUUCUGAAGAACUUGAUAAUUACAUAAAAAUGCUUCCAACUAUGAAUCUACAUGGCUAAAUUAUCUAUUCGAUUAAUAACAAAAGAAUUUAAUUGCACUAUUGAUGUUUAUUACUGUCUUAUGCAUUCAGAAGAAAAGAAAUUUUAAACUAAUUUUAUUUAAAAUGUUAAGAGGUCAAUAAAAAAUAUUAAAAUUAUUGAUUUGGAAAUAAUUUUU